UAAGCUUCCUUUCAUCAGUAGUCUUAAGUGGUACACGAUUAGGGGGAAUAGGAUACUGCAUCCUCCCAUCCAUAGCUUCCAUGAUUGACAGGCAUUUUGCAAUACCGCCAUGAUUGACUGUCUUUCUUUGAUCGCUCCAGUCCCUGCCUUGACUAGAUCUUUUGACCCAAAAGCUGAAAAAUUGGCCAUUUUCAUUGACACCUUGAACAUUGAUUCCAAGACGAUGAGCACCUUCGAGUUCAGCAUCGAUGACUUCUUGUUGUAGGUACAAAAACUGAUGUCGACUACCAACAUCGUUGAUUUCCCAUACAAUUAGAAAUCCGAUUCGCACCGAUUACUGAAUCAGCACAAAAGAUGUCCUCAGGGCACAUAUUUCGAUACUUAACGAAUUCAUGAACGUGCGGCUUUUCAGUAUCUGCACGCGACGAGAGAACACAUAAAGCUGUUGUAGCGAGGUUUUCUCGAUCAGUACCAUCAACUGCGCCAGCAAUAUAGCGGCAGAACUUCUUGGACCCGUUGUACUUUCUAUAUCGGGGAUUGAAAUGCUUCCUAGCUCGACCUUUCAAGCCACUUGAACUCGUUCCCACCCCAACGUAGAUGGCCAUUGGCUUUGCUACUUUCUUGGGAGAAGGAUCAAUGGCUUUAGCAACCAUCAAGUAACAACCGCCAAGUGUAGUUCCGCAACUAAGCCCUUCCUUGAGGAUAUCAUCAACUACCCAAUAGUUUGCACUAAGGAUCUCCUGCACUUGAGCAGGAACCCACUUAGUAAUGAUCUUGGUCAAGACCUUAAGGUCUUUGACACCAGUGAGAAAUAUGCGAACUAUGGCACUCAUCCAGGGGACACGCUAUUUCGCAAUAGCCA